CUGGCCGUACGGUCCUGUUCUGAGCGCAGUCUGCUCUCGGUCUCCACGGACGCUCCUCUGUCUGGAUAUCGUAGCGCGUCUCUAUUUUUUUUUCCUCCUUUGGAUUAUAUUCAUCUGAUGGUUUUCAACUCCAACUCGAUGCAUAGAAAUGGGUAAACUGCACUCGAAACAUGCCGCUAUUUGUAAACCGAGGGAGAGUCCAGAAGGCGACAGUUUUGUAGUGAAUGCCUGUUUGGCGAGGAAGGGAAUCGAUGACUGGCUCGUGAAGCAGAAAUACUAUUGCACGAGCUCUCGCCUCGAGCAACAGGACUGUCACCACAAGAAUAACUGCGGGUUAACAGCACGGGACUCCAUGGAUGAAGCAUGUGUUGAGGGAACUGGUAAUGAACACUAUCGCUUAGAAGUGGCUUUACCCCCGGAGAAGACAGACAGCUGCUGUGUGGAGGAGAAGAUGCAGCAGAGGGACAGCCAAUCUCCCGCAGGGCCACAGAAACAGCUCCAGUUUGAAGAGUUGGAGUGUGCUGUGUCUGUGGAGGAGGAUAACAGGCAAGAGUGGACCUUCACCCUCUAUGACUUUGACAACAGUGGCAAAGUUACGAGAGAGGAUAUCACCAGCCUGCUGCACACCAUCUACGAAGUUGUAGAUGCUUCAGUCAACCAUUCUCCUGGCAGCAGCAAGACAUUACGUGUCAAGCUCUCUGUGGCUCCUGACUCCAGCCAGCGGUGGAGGAGCUGCACGCAGGGUGCCACAGACUUACCCCACCCAAGAGAGAAAAAUGACAAGUGCAUCGAAGACCCCAAGAGUGCCGAGAAGAAGUCUCGAGCACUCCUAAGGCGCCACCACAGUGACCACCACACCCAGCCUGGCUGCCAGCGCCACUGUGUGGAUGAGAACCUGGAACGCAGGAACCACUACUUGGACCUGGCAGGCAUCGAAAACUACACAUCCCGCUUCGGAGCCGCCCCUGCUGCAGAGAUGACUAAAGCAGAGCCUCAGGCGAGGUCAUCCAACCAGACUCGUUCUCGCUCCCAUGAACCAGAAAAUGGCCACUCCCAUUCCCAUCACCGCCGUUUGCAGGCUGUUGUGGACACCGUUGCUCCAGACAACUUCCACUCCACCCGGCUGCGUGGCCAAGACUCAGGGAAACAUGCCCUCCGUUCUCCAAAGACACACAGCCGCACACCUCCUGCGCAGAUCAGUGGCAGGGUGAUGAGGAGCCGAGGUGUUCCUCCUCCUCCAGCUCUACCCAGUCAGACCCCACCUCAUCAGUCUACAGCUCCUUACCGCAAACACAAGCAACGGUCCAAGGAGAACCAGGGCUACCGGGCCUUAGGCCCUCUGCCAGCUCCAGGACCAGUGGUGGAGAAAGAGCAGGUGAGGGACCUGCCCAGCGUGCUGCUCUAUGAGGGGGGUCUGGCACAAGUGGUGCAGAGGCAUGAGCAUCACCAUCACCAUGAACACCAUCACCACUACCACCACUUUUACCAGUCCUGAACUCCUACUUUGUCUGGGACAGCUCAGCACUCCUGCAGCCCCACAAGACCCAUCCAGGCCAGCAGACACAGACUGCAGGCAGCUCCCUCCUAAAACACUGUGCAGUUGCCCUUGCAGUGGCAUGAUGAUGGACACAGGAACUGAGGUGGAGAGGAAGAUCAUGGGAAGGGUGCUCAUGCUGACUUCUUAUUAAUCAGUGUUAUAAAGAGGUUGCCAAAUAUGCAGAAGCUUGGGUAUGCAGCAGGGGGCCACAGUACAGUGAUACAGGAAUAAGGAGCUUGGGGGGAGAGGGCGGAUUGAGAGGAGGUAAAGAGAACUUGCUCAGAUGUUCCUCUCCCCCUGGCUCGCUGAUCCUCUACCGGGAUGAGCUAUAUAGCUCCAAACCAGCACCAUAAUCCUUCCAGACCACUAAGCCAAAAGGUUUUCAAGGAAAAGGAGGGACAAGAGGACGAGAAACAGUGACAUUAAGAUGAAAAUAUAUGAAGGAAUUUAGGUGAUCAGAGAGGAGGGCGCAGUGUGUAUGUGUGAGAAAUAUUAUGUGAAUGCAUGGGGUAAACAAAGGUCUCUGUGUCUGUGUGAGUGUCACAACACUGGUGUCUGUUGAAAACCACUUGAAGUGCACUCAUCGGUGUGUGAAUAUUUAACGUAGGGUGUAGAGAUGACGAUGGAGAUUCUGAUUUAAGCAUACAACGCCCCGUCAGCAUAAAUGGGAAGGAAAAUGUUCUAACGUGAAAAAGAAGAGAGAUCCUAAAUCCGCUGCUACCUCUAAUUUUAUCCUAAUUGUUGUUGUAAAGGUGACUUUGACUAAACAUUCAGAGGUUAUUUUCAAUUUACUUAAACAUUUUUGUCAGAAUCUGCAGUACUGAAAUGUCGAAUAGCUCCUUACAUUUAUUAACUAACACUUGCUGUACAUAAGGUAAAUAUUGUUGUCAAUUUUAUAAGCUUUAUUGAUAAUGUGAUAUCCUUGUAUUCACUAUCUGAAGCUCUGUGUUUUCCUUCACAACUGCAUUUUUUUAAGACCACUAGGAGCCUCAUUUUUACUACUAUGUUAGUGAUCCAGUGUCACACACACACACACUCCUUCACACUAUCCGUUUCAACACUCGCACUCAACUGUAACCUAUAAUUAUGGCAAGUAACUAAAAUCCCAACUCUCAACAGUGCUGUUCAGAAAGUCAAACUCACGACAUCAACAAAACUGGGUUGGCAGUAUUUUUAAAAAGUUAAUUUGUUUUGUGUUUUUUCAGACAGCAGUUAGCUUUUAGGAUAUAUCUGGUACAAAGAUCUUGACGCACUCCAGAAAGCUCUUUUUUUAAAAAAAUUCAAGUAUUCAAAAUGUUAGAGAUAAAUCAGAUAGCUUCAGUUGUGGCUCAGACCCUUUGGCAUGUUUGCAUAAACUGAAACCUUGUUACCAGCUAGACGUGGGAGUGUUCAUUUUAAAAAAUGUUUUCUUUAGAGUUUAUUACCCCUCAGCCUGAACGGCUGAUUGGGUAUUGUUGCCACUGCUGGAGGGGGAUGGACACCCAAAUCUGUGAACACAAUAACUUGAGAAUGAGGCAACGUAGGGUUUUGAAACUGAUACCGUAGGUGCAUCUCAGAUGAGUUCAAAUCUCAGUGACCUUGACUAAGAUCAGGGUCAGAGGUCAAGUUUUCUGAAAAUCUUGAAACUUAAGAAAGAAGUCACCUAGGAUUUUCAAAUUCAUUCCCGCCAGGAUCACCGGAAGCUUUUUUUUUUUUUUUUUUUUUUUGGUUUUUUUUAGGCCUAGUAAAAUAACAGUGCUCGUUUGCUAAUGGGUUUGGAAGGACAUGUUUUUGUGUUCCUGUGUGCACUAAUAAACACAUCAGUUACAAUCGGCGGUAAAAAUCUUGAACAUUUGGUGAAAAAGAUAUGAAGGAAACAGUAACACAAAAAUCACUUCUUGGUUAUUUAAAGUGACGUGAUAAUGCAGGUAAUACUUAAGGAAUAUUCCAUUUUUAUAAUUGUUUAUUUGAUGUUUCCAUUUGAUUUCUAUUUAAGUCUUUAAAUUUUACUGCCAGGAGGCUGAGGGGUAGCACUGGCAGCCGGCAGUAUUUUUAUUUAUGCAGCAAAAUGUUUUGCUGAUUACGCAUGUAAUAUUUCAGAAGCAUUUAAACACAGUGCUUUUAGCAGAGACAUAUUCACACCUCCUCAGUUUAUCCACAGUUUUCCUUAUGGACUCUGGUUUUCUGACUUUCAGUCUAGCUUUUUUCCCAACUGGUUGUAGCUUUGUCAUCCUGGCCCAAGGUCACGUGACUUCUCCCUUUCGUUUCCAUGGCAUCUUCCUGUCCCUCAGCUGUCAGCAGGUCUUUCACCAUGCCGCCAUGUGGCCUCAGGGCUCAAACCGACAAGGCUCUGUUUGUGGUGCUCUUUCAGCUGUCUCAUUCCUCUGGUGCUGGAUAACACGGGGCCCCGCAGUCUCCAUUGCAGGCAUAACUCACCCCUCACUGCUGCUGUCCUGACAGCACCAGGGACUAUAUUAUAUAUCAUAUUGUCUCAUGAUGCCCUAGAGGACCUGCAUCAGCAUGCCUGAUGCUAUUGGCCCCAGCACACCUACCUUUACUUAUACCAGUGCUGCUCUGACAGAAGCAGUGAACUACUAGCUGCUAGUGUGAGGGUGUGGAUUUCCUGAAUUCUUGGUAAGCACUUUCCAGGGUCACACUAAUAACAACUUGCCCUUGUGCAGCUGUAGUUUUCUGUGAUAGUUUAAGUGCCUUCUGCAAGGGAAAUCGACUGUUCAGAGGAAGCACGUUCUCACCAUAAGGCCUGUGCAAACCAGGGCCCACAAUUGUCAACACUGUAUCGAUCCACUCUUUGAUUGUGUUAGUCUGCUGUAAGGGUGUGCGUGUGCUUGUGAUCCACAGGAAUGCAGCGUUUGUCAGUCUUGCCACUGGCCCUGUGGUGUCCUUCCACAGCUGUAGCCUGUCUUCAGCAGAGGCACCACUCAGGUUAUCUCAUGGGACCUGGUGGCAAAGACGGUCUCACUCUCAGAUGGGGGUCACAGCUGUGCUCCAUACCUCAGCUUCCUCAUACUGUUUUGUUCUGGACAAAAAGUCAGUGCUACUGGAGCCCUCAAAGCAAAGUAGGUUUGUAGAUACUAGUUUCCAAAUAUAAGCGUGAAAACGGUUGUCUUGUUGUGGUAAUGGACAGUGAGCAGGCGACUGUUCGUCUUGUAGGGUGGUCUAAUUCAUCGUGGUGAAAGAGGGCUUUAGGAAUAUGGGUGUUUCGCUGAACACACACAACGCCUUUUUUUUUUCAUUUGAAUUUUUUAAUGCCCUGAUUCACAUUCGUACACUAACUUACACGAAAAAACUCAAAUGUUUUUGAUUGUGGGUGCCUCAACAGCAUUUGUUAAGUGUUGGGAAAACAGUUGCUUUUCUGGUUCAUUUCAUAGACUUAGAGGGAGCAAACCUCAUUUAAAAACCAUGUGUUCUCACAGCCUCACUCUCAAACCAGCACUGUUAAUACCCCUCUUGCGUCUUUUAUCAUACCAAGGUAAUGGAGUUAUAUUUUGUGAGGAAGAAAAUGCCGAUUUUUUUGUUGUUGUUGUUUUGUCAGCAGACGAGUCCUCGAAUAUCCCUCUAAAUCUAACAAAAUGUAUUUUUUACUAUUCUGUUUGGCGGAUUGUUAUGUGAACACAAGUGUAACAUUUUAUUUCAAUGUAUGAAUGCCACUUUUCAGCGAUAACAUUUUAAACUGUGUCACACAAACUGCUUUCGAUGCACCCUCUUCUGUCCUGUUGAAUAGGAUUGUCAGUAUUCCGAGUCACAGUAGUAUCUAAAUCAUCAGUAAUUUGCUUUGUAACAUCUGUGUAUCAUCAUUUUAUUGAACCUGAUGUAUAUAGUGGACUGCAGAAAGGUUAAACCAGCAUCAUGUAAAAAGAUAUAGGGUUUAUUUAUAGUUAAAUAACUAUCAAACCAUUUCACUUGCCUACUAGUAUCCACAGUGACAGUCCCACUGCAAAGGAAUCUGUCUGUCCACCCACUCAGAACCCACCCACACAAGGUUCACUUGCUGUUUGCUGUAAACUUGUUUAGCCCUAGCUGUCCUCUCCCGUCUUCCACUCAUUUAAAGUUUUUUGUUUUUGUUGUCAUGACAUUUAGUUUAUAUUAGAUUGUAUUUGAUUAAUUGCGUUAUUUAUUUGAUAGCAGAUCUGUGCCAAGGGAAAAUACCCCUUUAUUAAAGUAUGAACUUGU